AUGUCCAGAGCUGGAACCAAGGUCACCUUCUAUGAAGACAAGAAUUUCCUAGGCCGUUGCUACGAGUGCGACAGCGACUCCGAUUUUCACACCUACCUGAGCCGCUGCAACUCCAUCCGUGUGGAUGGGGGCACCUGGGUGGCCUAUGAGAGGCCCAACUUUUCCGGGAACAUGUACGUUCUGAAGCACGGGGAGUAUCCUGACUACCACCACUGGAUGGGCCUCAACGACCGCCUCGGCUCCUGCAAAGCCGUCCAGAUACCAAGUGGAGGCCAGGGCCACAUCCAGGUAUUUGAGAAGGGAGAUUUUGGCGGGCAGAUGUUCGAAGCCACCGAAGACUGCCCUUCCGUCAUGGAGGAGUGCCACAUGCGUGAGGUCCACGCGUGCAGAGUGCUGGAGGGCGUCUGGGUUUUCUACGAGCAUCCCAACUACCGGGGCCGGCAGUACCUGCUGCCCAAGGGGGAAUACCGCAAACCCGUGGAGUGGGGAGCGGCGAGCCCCGCUGUCCAGUCCUUCCGCAGCAUCGCCGAGUGA